AGAGACCAUGUAGCUGUAUGUAUAAUGUGAAAACUGUAUAACUAUUCCCUUGUAAGAUCUGAUGAUAAAGUUUCAAUCAAAAUGAGAAAUCAAGGUUAUGGAGCCAUGAAUGAUCAGCAGGAAUCUACUCCAUUAAAUCCUAAGGGUUCUGGACUAGCUCCAACAGUUGCCUUUGUAAGACGACAACCAAAGGACUAUAAAUUUGGGUCUAUAUUAGUUUCAGUCUUUUGUUUCUUUCCAGUAGGUCUUAUUGCAUUGUACUUUUCAUAUCAGGUUAGUAAAUUCUAUAUGAGAGGAGACCUAAACAAAUCUGUGACAUCAUCAGAAAGAACAAAGUCUUUAAUACAGAUUACUGUUGUGAUAGGCUGUUUGAUAUGGUUUGGUGCUAUUUUUGGACUCUUAUACACUACAUAUUGAUACAAUUUUGGAUAUUGUUAGGUUUUUGUAUUCUCAAACACUUAAGGGACAUAAAAUUGUUUUAAGUUGCAAUGUUCCAAAAACAAUAAAAGUCUUCUACAUAUACAUGUAUACAUGUGCUUGUAAAAGGUAUAUUUUUAUCGGACGCAGCUCAUGUAUUGUUUUAGUCUUUUAAUUUUUAUAUGAGGUAUAACAGAAAAUGGUUUGUUGUUUUACAUACGACUUUGCUAGAUAUGAUCACAUAAUAUGCAAACCAUUUUCUCAUUUGUUCUAUCUAUAGUUAAUCUUGCCAUACAUGUAUACUAAUUUCUUGAAUUUAAUGGUUUAGAUGUUGCAGAUGUGAAUAUGGAUUGU